AGCAUCAAUCGCGCGUCGCUGUCCUCCCCGUAACAAUAAUUCCCUGUGAUCUCAUCGGAACAUCGACCAGCUGUUUCGCGACCGGUAGAGCGACGAGAGAUACCCGUCGUAUCGCAGCCGUGUGCUCGACCGCGCAGCACCGCGCUGUCGUCCGCCGAUCCCACUUUGGUGUGCACGUGUGUGUCACGGUUGUCAAGUGUCUAAGCGUCAUCUAUGCGUCGAUCGCCGGAAUCCUUGAUAACAUGACAUCCCGUGGCACGGCCUGCAUCGAGAACGUAGUAGCGUGCGAACGAUCCGUGUGCGUGGAGACGGGACACAGAGGACACAUAGGGUCCGUCAGUGACGAAGCUCGUCCGGUAGGUCGGGUGUCGCGUCGCAGGGUGUGCGCCAAGUAAUUGAUUUCUCGGAGGCCACGAGCCAAGAGAAUCUCUCGUCUGCCGUUAGCUCGCAAGAUCGGCGAGUGUCGCGCGAUCCGAUGAAGCUGGACAUGCUGCCUUCGAACGCGCUCGAGCUGCAGGUCGCCGGCUCGUCGCCGCCUCGCGACUAUGAGACGACCAGCAAGAGUUUCCUCUUGGAGACGAUGCCCGGCGACUUGCACACGGAAACAGCGGCGUGCCGAUUCUUGGAGACGACCGGGGUCGUCGCUCGGUGCCAGGAGGAGAUGAACGAGACCGUCAAGACCACGGCCGAGUCCGAGUGCUUGGCUAGGAAGACAAUCGAAUCAGCUGGCAGGCACGUCAACGGCCGACCGCGUCACAGCUUCUCCAAGAGCUCCGCGUCUCUGCAGAGCCUGGUCCGUCGAAGGAGUCGGAAACACGGCGCGUCCUCGUUACCUCUGGACGUCGAUCUGUCCUCGUACUCGUCCCAUCCUGGCUGCCUGCUCGAUCCACCCAAGGAGAGCGCGGGUUAUCGCAACGACGAGAAGACGGGCUGCGCGACCACGACGCGCACGUCCACGCUCCUUUACGUGUCCGCCGCGCAACCGUCCUCCAGAGGCGGCAGCAACGGCCAGGACGUGUCCUCGACGGCGAACGUCGCGAGCGUGGCGGCCGCCACCACGACCAGCAGCACCAGCAACGUUACCUCCUCGGCGAGCGGAAGCCACUUCGGCAAUACCGCGUCCUCCUUGAUAAGAACGACCAGCGUGAUCACGGCGGGACCGUCCACGUCUUCCUGGAACAACUCCGCCGAUCAGGAGUCGGAUUACGUUGUCGAUCCGGUUCAAGGGAACGCUUACCAUAAAGGACAGUUUCUUGGAAAGGGAGGUUUCGCGCGAGUUUACCUGAUGACCGAUGUCAGCAACGGAAACCAAUACGCAUGCAAAAUAAUCCCAAAAAAUCGGAUGCAGAAAAUUCACAUACAAAAGAUUGCGCGCGAGAUCAUGAUCCACAAGGAGCUGAAUCACGUGAAUAUUGUCCAGAUGCAUCACUACUUCGAGGAUAACCUUAACGUGUACAUGCUGCUGGAAGCCUGUCCUCGAAAGAGCCUGAUGCACGUGCUGAAGUACCGUAGCAAAGUCACGGAGCCGGAAGCACGAUACUACAUGAAGCAAAUGGUAACAGGGGUCGCGUAUAUUCACUCCCAGAAAGUUGUUCAUCGAGAUUUGAAGCCGGGCAACAUGUUCCUAUCGGAUCGCAUGAUCGUCAAGAUCGGAGACUUCGGGCUGGCAACCAGGCCUGACGGGCAACGCAGACGUGUGACAAUAUGCGGAACACCGAAUUACAUCGCGCCGGAAGUGUUGUAUAAGCAGGCGUACAGUUACGAGGCGGAUGUUUGGGCGCUCGGGUGCAUACUUUAUGCCCUGCUGGUAGGGCAACCACCUUUCGACACGGCCACGCUGAAGGAAACCUACGACAGGAUAUGUAACAAUCAUUAUCGGGAGGUGGACGACACGAUAGCGAGCCGGAGCGGCCAGGAUCUCAUCAGAUGGCUCCUGCAGCCGAAUCCCGAGCUGAGACCGUCCCUGGAGAGGGUCAAGGAACACGCUUAUCUCACCAAGGAGUACGUGCCAGCCUCCUUGCCUCAUACUUGCUGCUACCAAAUGCCACACGCGGCGUUAAUCGAUCCCAUGUCAUCGCCUUCAUCGAAUUCCACCACCUCUAGGAACCAGAAGUUCAAUAAAAAUCAGGUUUGGCCAAACGUGUUGUCGCAAGAAGUAUCGCAUCGAUACCAGCAACAAACAUUUAGCACCCCACAAUCUCAACCGCUGCAGCAGCAUCAACAUCAGUUGCAGCAACAGCAGCAUCAAACCAAUCGUUCUCAGAAAAGCCUGCGAAAGGGAUCAAAAGUGAUUAGCUGGCUAGCCAGGAAACUUCCGAAAGUUCCGAAGUUCAGGCAACGAUUAAGCAGUAUACUGUGCCCAGAUCACAAAAAAAUGGGAUACGUGGCACAGAGUAUGCAAAUGCAUCGAGCACUGGAAGCUUGCAUCUCUGAAAUGAAUCACAAGAGCAUGAUGCAAAAUCCUCCGCCUGUGGAAGACGUGGUACCUCUCUUCAUCACUAAAUGGAUCGAUUACUCGAAUAAAUACGGCCUAAGCUUCCAGCUUUCGGAUAAAUCCGUUGGCGUCCUCUUCAAUGAUAACACGAAAAUUAGUUACACACAUGACAGAAGAAGAGUGGAGUAUAUGACUACUGAAGAUGAAGUAACGAGAUACCAUAGAGAAGAAGACGUUCCACCCGUUUUGCAGGAGAAACUCGAAUUACUUCAACGUUUUACCCAAUACAUGGAUAAUUAUAUGACUGAAGGUGGUGAAAUCAAGGAAUAUCGGGCUGUACCAAAACAGUCAAAGAAUGUUUGCAUACCACGAAUGAGAAGAUGGCUGCGAACGGACAAAACUAUUGUGAUGGAACUAACAGUUCCCCUUUUACAAGUAAACUUCUUUGAGGACCACACGAAACUAGUGGUUUCGCAAGAAUCACCCAGUAGGGGUUAUUUAAUAACUUACAUUGACACCAGUAGGCGUACGUCUUCUUACUGGUUGAAUGAUAUACGAGAUUUUGGCUGUACCAGUGAUCUUUACGAACGGUUGUAUUAUGUAUGCAAACUCUCCAGAGAAUUUGCAGAGUUGCAUAAUAAUACGAUUGCUUGACCAUCAAAGACGCAUUGGAAAACGAAAAGUUUAUCGAAAGAUUGAAAUUCCAUAGGUGCAAUCACUUAAAAUGUACUUUUUGUUAGCUGCAUUCAUGCAAUAUAUAAUAUUUCAACCUUAGAAAAAUGUUUAAACAAAUUUGUUAAAUUUGAUAAUAUGAGUUUGACGUAAAUUUUUCGACGAUUAUCAUUGUGUUUCUUAAACAUUGUUACCUAUGUAUUAAAGGACUGGUGUUUUCAUGUUUAGGUUAGAUUAAUUAGAGUAAUUAAUUGUUAUAGUAACUAUUAUAUCUUUAUUUCACUAUAAAAUUUUCUGUUGUUUCGGUGGUGUAUAGAUAAAACUUUAAAUUGCAAUUGGUAUCAACUUAUUGCUUGCAAUAAGUGAGUAUUUUUUAAAUAAUCUAUUACAGGAGUGUUAUAAAAAUGUUCAUUAUGUUAAAAAAUGAUAUUUUAGAUACUUGAAAUUUUGCAUUUGAUAAGAAAAUAAAUUUGUCAUAAUUUUGCUUGGAUUUGUGAAUUCCAAAGAUACUUAAAAUAUUCAAAGUAUUUAAGGAUUACUAAAAAGUGUACAUACAUAUACAUAGUAUUACUCUGAAAACAUAUUUUACUAUGCAAUAUUGACAAGAUCAUAUAUAAUAUUAAUUUUGCAUUAUAGUAAAUAUUUUUGUAUAAUGAAGUUAUUAACAUAAAGUAGUUCAUGAUAUGCAAAAUUGAGAUAUUGAAAAUUGAAAAAAAACUUUAUGGAAAUUAUCUUAUCACUCUAGUUUAAAAAUUGAAUAUUUAAUUAAAAGUUAUUUAAUAGUGGUAGCAUUGUUAGCAUAUUAUGUUUAAAUAGUUCAGUUUAUUAAUUUAGUCAAAUUCGGAAUACUAUGAAUGCAGCUAAAGAAAAGGCAUUGUUAAAUGAAUGUAUGGAAACACGGGGUAAGCCAUAUUUAAAUUUUGCAUACAAUUAUUUCUUUUACAGAGUUGUGAUACAUUAUGUUUUAUAUGUUGUAAGACAAACUCAGAAUAUAGUUAAAUUUAUAAACAUUAAAGGUAUUGUCGAAUUUUUUGUUACAAAUUAAUUGAAAUUAUUAUACAGGUUUCUUUUGUAAUAAUUAUCUAUAAACAAAUACGUUCAAGCUUCCAUUUCAAACAGUUAUGUUGUUUACAUUUGGUAAACAUUAGGUCUACUAAUUGUAAACCUGUCAUUAAUAAUAUAUGCACAGUAGUUUGAAAUUCUAAAGAAUCAAAUAUUGAUUAGAUUACUGUGUAUACACUUGUUACAAUUACACUAAUUUAAAAAAAUUUGUAACUUUUAUACUAUAGUUAUGCAUGUUCAUACGCAUAAAAGCUAUUAAGUGUUAAUACACAAAUUAAACAAUUUUUCACAAACAUAUUAGAAAAUUUAAUAACUUUUUUAUUUUUAAUAUAUAUUUUUUUAAUUAUUUUUCUAUAUUACUUAUAGAAAAAUCUUAUAUAAUUUUUAUUUUAAUAUCAAUAUGAUAUAUUUUAAUGUAUUAUUUUAAUAUUGUAGUAAAUUUCUCGAUUUACUGCAUUACAAACAAUUAAUUUUCAGCAGAAUUUUUAUACAUUAUUUUAGUGUAUUUUAUAUAACUCAUUCUACAAAUUCGUACCUUGACUCAGAUUAAAAUGAUGCACAGUUACUUAUUAUUUUUAAAACCUUGAAUAAAGUGCAACUUAAAGUGGGAACUAUUUCCCACAAUUUAGUAGUUUUCUGUAAGUUAAAUUUGCAUUCAGUGAAUACAGAAUUUGUGUGUUAACAUUUGACCAUUGUAUAUCCAUCUUAAUAUAAUUGUUAUAAUAAUGAGGAUGAGUUAAUAUGCUUCCGAGAUGUCUUCACCAAUCGAUAAACCGUUAAGAGCAUUUUAUAAGUAUAAAUAUUUGUUUUCAUAUAGGCAAUAAGUUAUAGUGCAAAUGUUCUUACUGUUGUAAGAAAUUAGAUCAGGGCAGACAAAGGCGCGCUCUGGCUCAACAUUGUUAUUAUACAAUAACAAUAAACUGUAAAAUAACGAAGAAUACUAGAUUAGGCAUGGUCAAGAUUGAUCCAGACAAAAAAAAAGAAUACAAAAAUUGAAGCAAUGAAAACUUAUUCUGAUAUUCAAUCAUAGUAGUAAAAUACUUUGUAAUAAAAAAAAUAUUUAAACGACAAAAAAAUUAAAGUGUGUUCUAAAAAAAGAAACUCUCGUGAAAAGGGAUACAAAGGGAUGAGCUAAGAAAAACAUUUCUACAGGAUGCCAAACACUCAUAAUCUAAGUGCCUAUAUUGAACAAGAGCCUGAGUGUAAUGUAAAUUUAGAUUUUGGAAUAACAUGAUUUAGAAAAAUUUUAUUUCUGGAACCAAAAAGAAAAAAGAAAAUGAGAAAAAUUUAUCAUAAUGCAAGCAAACUGGAAGUACCAAUUAAACGGCCUCGUUAUAAAUUAUUCCAAAUUGCAUGCAUUGUUUGACGUACAACGGCAACGAAAAGUAACAUUACGCGGACCAAUUUAAUUGGCUUGAAAACAAUAUACCGCAUGUUAGUUGCUUCUGUGUGAGUGAUCGUGGCGCAUUAUUAUCCAUAUUAAUCUUCCAUGACAGCAAAUUAUCUAUUUUCGAGAACAUACACGCCCUCUUGCAAUCUCUAAUACCGUAUACUUAUUAAAACUGCUUCCCUAUAGCAUUUAUUGAAUUAACGUCACAAAUAUCUUUGGUACAUGAGACAGAUCUGUUUGCCGAAAUUUCGUGCCAAAUAUUUUGGUCACUUAUUCAUUAAUAAUCAAUACUAUACAUUCACUUGUCCAAUUAUAAAAUGAAACUCUUGUAAAUAUUUCAAACUGAUACAUUUCCAUUCAUUUGUCUUUUCUAUCACUAUUAAUAUGUCUUUUUUACUUAAAUUUAAGAAAAAAGAACAUAAUUUCACAAAUUAACAUUUUGCGCUUAUAUUAUAAAAAAAUUUAGGACAGAAAUACUUUACAAAUGUAGGUAGAUUUUAAAAUUUCGUUUUCGGAUGGACUGAAAAGAUUGAUGAAAUAAUAGAUUGCACUUUGUAUGGGAGAAGUUUUUGGAAUUUGAUUAGAUAGCAGUACAUAGGAGUAUAUACAACGUGAAUAUGUAGAUGCGAAUCACAUUUAUGCGAUGCCGUUGUCGAAUGUUUUUGAUGAAAUUUUCUUCAAAUUGGCAAGUAAAGUAUUUAUGAAUGAAUAAGUUUUUCAAUGUUUUCAGUAGUGUUACUGAAAUUAAUGUGAGAAUAGAACCAUACGAAGUUUUCAGUUAUCCAUAUGUGUUUAACUGAAGGUCUAAAGAUCCUUAGUAAUCCUAGUCACUCUCGUUUUUCGCUUUAAUAAGAUAAGGGCGAAAAGGGUACCACUGCCAUCGGUUCAUGCCGCAGUAGCCUGUUGUUGCUAUAUUCAGGCUGUUAAUUAGAUAACAUUAUUUAUUAUUAUGUAUUAAUAAUUCUACUAUUAUAAUUUCUAUUGCAAGUAUUAUGCACUUGUCUUUAUUAUUAUCAUUAACUCUAAUGAGUUGCCAUUGGCAAUUUUCUGUAAAGAUUCUCAUCAGAUGCUAUCCUUGCAAUCAAAUAUUUUAUAUUACAUAUAUUUGUUUAUUGAAGACUCCUUAUAUUUAUGAAACCUAACAUAUUUAAUAAUUUGAUCUCAACUAAAAGGAAAACAGUCUGAAUAUUAUUAUUUGAUGAAAGGAAAUUCGAUGAGAUGUACUUACUUACACGUAUUUAAGAAAACCUAAUCUUUCAAACGAAUCUGUAAAAUUGUUAUUAUUCUAAAAAAAGAAGUAUGCUUAAGUUCUCAUUAGAAACAUUAAAUUAUUUUAGUAAUUACAUCUCCUUAGUACUAUUUUCUUAUGAAUAGAAGAGUAGGAUAUAAUUAUUACGGUGUAUUAAAUUAUAAGAUGGAAAGCAUCUAUGUCAGUGACUUAGAAAUUCAUGAAAAUAGAUCUCGAUUUGCUGCUAUCAGUGCACUUGUAACUGAAACUUGAGUAAACAUGAGAUUACUUCUCAGUUACAGAGUUCUUUACCUUAUCACUCUAAGUUAUUGUAUGACUUGUUGUGAUGCACAUUAGCAACACUGUUGAUGCUAUUAAUGUAUUAUAGCUUUCAAUGAUGUAAUUGGUUCUAGUAUUGUAAUUAUAUUUAGUAUAAUGCCACUAAAGAUAAUUCAUGUAUCCACUUAUGAAUAAGGCAACUUACUUUCCAGCAAAUUAUAUCUAUUUGCCUAGAGUGAUUUAAACUAUAUACUGCUGACUAUAUUUUAUUUUUGUUCAAUAUGUUAUAUUGUAAUGUACAUUGCACAUACAGUUGCUUUGCGAAGUAAAUUAGCACCUUUUUUUAGAAAUAUUAUUCAUAAUUCCAAAUUUUAAUUUCUUACUUUGGAUAAUAAAUAUCUAUUCACUUGCUUAUAUGUUCGUGUCAAAAUGAUAAUCAUCCCCUAGCAUGUAAUAUUGAAAAUAGAUUGAUAGAAGCAUUUAGUUACUUUUCAAGGCAACUGUAUUUAGUGUAAUUAAAUGACAAUUGAUGUUAAGGAUCUCAGAUUUGUUAACUUAUCGAUCAUAUGCGAGUAAAAUCAAAUGAUUAGUUAUGUGACAAAGAAUAUACAUACAUAUAUGCUCUUACUUUAUGUAUGCACGCAGAAUCUUUAGAAUUUACCAUAUGUAAUGUAAUAUUUUACAAUUGGAAUUUCAAAUUCGUAAGAAUUGCAGUUCAUUUGUACCGUUAAGAGCGUGAAACUUAAUUACAAAUGAUUGUGUGAUAAUGUCGACUAUUUUGAUACUCGUAUAAAAGGAACAGAAAGUUACACAUUAAAUAUGGUACAUUUGUUUAGAAUCUCCUGUGUACAUAGGCAUAAUACAAUUAUUACCGAUAAAAGUGGAUAUGGUGAAGAUGAACGUUUCAUUAUUGAAAUGUUUUAUAAACCUACAGCUUUCAUAAGGCACACGUUUGCGAGAUGCAACUGUCUGAAAAGUUUGAUUUAAAACGAUUAAUGUGAUUUUAUUUCGUUUUUUUUCUAUGUGUACACUCUUAGAUAUACCCUAUGUACAUAUAAAACUACUUAUUUACCGAAAAUACAUUAUAAAAUUCUUGCUCUA